AAAAGCUCCAAACAAAGUCUAAAUAAUAAGAGGCUGACAUGUCGGUCCCACGUGAUUCGCCGUAGGCGCACUGAAGUCGAGGCCCCACAUGUCAUACACCUGAGAGAUGAGUGCCUCACGGCCCCAGCUCCAUUCCCCCCCUUCCGCCGGCCGAUCCCACCACCACCACCACCAUGGCCACCGCCUCCACCUCCGGCGACCCCACCGCCGCCGCCGGCGAGCCCACGCCGUCGUCCUCAGCAUCCGCGCAGCCACGGCAGCCGGCGUCCCGCAUAUCCCACAUCGUGCGCACCUACCUCGACCUCUCCUCCAACCCCAAGAAGCGCCGCGCCGCUCCCAAGAGCCACCCCAAGCCCGCCGCCGCCGCCGCCGGCCAAGGCGCCCCCGAUGCCGGAGACGGGAAGGACGGCGGCGGGAAGGCGGCGGCGACCCCAUCGUCGGCGGCGCAGCCCACGACCACGCGGCUCCUCCGCGAGCUCGGCGUCCGGGUCUCCCGCUACACGCACGAGGAGCGCCGCGACAUCGUCCUCCGCUACAUGCAGAAGCGGAGCGGCCGCCAGGGCGUCAAGCGCGCCACCGCCAAGGCCCCAUCGAGGCAGGCUCUCGCGGAGCGGCGGCGGCGGGGUGCGAGAGGGCAGUUCCUCGGCAAGGAGGGCGCCAAGACUGUAGAUAAACCAGAAGAAGAUCCAGAGGUGCCGCCAGAAGUUAUUGCUAACGCUGGAGGAGUGCCCAUAGUUGGAAUGGUUUUCGAGAAUGAAGAGAAAGCAUAUGAGUAUUAUGCUAGUUAUGCUGGAAAUGUAGGAUUCAGUGUUCGAAAAGGAUUGUGGGAUAAAACGGUGAAAAAUGUUGCUAGGUCAAGGGUCUUUGUAUGCUCUAGGGAGGGAUUUCGCUCAAAGAAUGAGGCCAAAAGACCUCGCCCAGAGACUAGGACAGGUUGUCCUGCACGGAUAGCUAUAAAAUUGGUAUCCAAUGGCAAGUACCGGGUAGCAGAAUUUGUGGAAGAUCACAAUCACCAGCUUGCUGCACCAUUUGAUAUAGAUAUGCUGAAGUCAGAGAGAGUGUUGACCAAGGUUCAACCAGGAAACCGAAAUGCUAGUAACAUUCCUCCAGGAUGCAAGAAUUACAUUCGGGCCAAGUCUUCAACACACAUGAAUUCAGAGGACCUUGGAGCUCUAAUGGAUUAUUUUCGAAGAAUGAAGAGUGAUAAUCCCUCUUUUUACUAUGCCAUUCAGGUGGAUGAAAAUGAUAAAGCAACAAAUGUCUUCUGGGCUGAUGCAAGAUCAAUAGUAGACUAUCAUUAUUUCUGUGAUGUGAUCUGCUUUGACACAACACACAGAUCAAAUGACUGCAGAAAACCCUUAGCUUUGUUUUUGGGUAUGAACCAUCAUAGGCAAACAAUCAUAUUUGGCUCUGCUUUUCUGUAUGAUGAAACUGUUGAAUCUUUCAAGUGGCUUCUCGAGACCUUUAAGAGUGCCAUGUGUGGGAAACAGCCAAAGACGAUAUUGACAGAUCGAUCUGCUGCUUUGAAGGAAGCCCUGAGUCUCACCUGGCCUGGUACAAUUCACCGUUCUUGUGUGUGGCAAAUAUACCAGAAUGCUUUUAAGUCCUUAGAACAUGUUUUUAAUACUCUUGAGGAAUUCACACAUGAUUUUCACCACUGCAUGUUUGAUAUCGAGGAUGACCAGGAGUUUGAUGAGAUAUGGAAUGUGAUAAUCAAGAAGUACAGCCUCAAAGGAGAGGAAUGGUUAACUAAGUUGUAUGAAGAUCGGGAAAAUUGGGCCUUGCCAUAUAACCGGCAAAUAUUCUUUGGGGACAUUAAAGGGAUGUUACAAGUAGAAACUUCUUGCGUUGGGCUGAGAGAGUUCUUGGAUUGUGAGAAAGAUCUCUCUAAAUUUUUUAUGUUCUUUGAAAGCUCAAUGGAGAAGAGGAGGCAAGAAGAGAUACAAGCUGAUUACCAAGCCAGCGAAGGGGCACCAAGAAUAUCUCUGCCACUGCUAUGGCAAGCUGCAAAAGUGUAUACACCAAUCAUCUUUGAGUUAUUUAGAAAGGAAUAUGAACUGUGUAUGGACUGUAUGGCUUAUAGUUGUGGGGAGUUUGGCUCUCUUUCUGAGUACAUGAUCACUGUUAAGAAUAAAACUAAAGACCAGCUUGUGCGGUUUGACUCAUCAGAUGGCACAGUUGCAUGUACUUGUAAAAAAUUUGAAAAUGCUGGAAUAUUAUGUUGCCAUAUAUUAAAGGUAUAUGAGCUGAGGAAUGUUAAAGAGAUCAGGCCGCAGUAUUUUCUUAAGAGAUGGAGAAAAGAUGCAAAGGUGGGGUCCACCGAUGAAACUAAUAGAUUUAAUUUUGAUAGUGGCACAAAAUCUUCUGUUCCAGAACGCUAUGCAGCUCUGUGCCGCUCGUUCUACAAGAUAGCUGCUAAGGCUGCAGAGAAUGCAGAGACAUUUGCACUGAUGGCAAGCCAAUCAGAUCGACUUGUUGAAGAAGUAGAACGGAUUUUGCAAUCUACACUGGCGAAUAAGUCAUCCGUAGGCCCUUCCAUUAAGAACCAGUUAACUAGUAUGGUUCAGAAUGAAUAUCUCCUUAAUAGUAGCAAUGAAGUUGAGAAAUCUACUGGAAAGAAGAAGACUGAAGUUUAUCGCCAUAAAAGUGCUGUGGUAACUAAUAAAAUGCAGAAAACAAGAAAAGACACAAGGCACCCUGAUGAAGCAGCCACUGGAACAAGAGAUGGAGAACUGAAUAUGACACCAGACAACAGGCAGUCAGAAGCAAGGAAUUCUCCAAAUCAGUUCCUCCCAGAUCAAUUAAUGCAGGGGCAUUAUAUACUUGGUCAGAGCUAUGGGCUUGGUACCUCAGAGAAUCUUCAUAACAAUUUGAAUCAGUUUGGUCAGGCUUCCUCACUUCCAACCAUGCAACAGCAGGCAUUUCCCGGAAACAAUCAAUUAACCCAAGGCUAUCCUAGUGAUAUGCAUGCACUACAGUUUGUAGGGGCAAAUCCCCAGAUGGAGCAUCAGAAUGGUGAUCAGGGGCAGUCAUCAAUACCAGUGUGGGAUUUUCUCUGAUGCACUACUAUCACAAGCAUGCAGCAGCACAGAUAUGAUAAUCAGUGAUGGCUUCCUGCUUACCAGUUACCAGUGUUUCAUUUGUCAUGGAAGUGGCAGCUAGAACACAGGACUGCUAGAAUCCCUAACUAAUAAUUGGGACUUUAGGAGUCUCUGCCAUCCAUUCUGACAACUACGAGCUCGUUUUGUAUAGAGAAAAUGUCAUAGUGAAAUUCAGUGUACAAAUUAUCAGUUGCUCGUUCCAAAGGGAGCUUUUGUAUAUACUAGUUGGCUAAAUUGUAGAUCAGGUUUGCUCCCAGGAACGCACAACACAUUGUGACAGAACUUGUUACUUGUCCUACAUUUCGACGCCCUUAGCGCUGGCGGCAUGAAGUGAUCACAGGUGAAGUGUAACAACCAAAAGAUUCAGUGAAAAAUUGGUGUACUGGACUGA